CUCAAGCAGUCGCAGCAGUAUUUAAUAAGGAGAAAGAAAGAGGAAGAUUAACAUCUCCCUCAAGCUCUAGUAGCUCAGGAGCUACUAGUAGCAAAGAUGAAAAUGAGGUGGAAGAUAAAUCAGUUAAAAGGAGAAGAGAUAGAUCAGUUAGAUGA